CAGAGCACCAUGAUGUGGCUGUUCCUCACCAUCUCUUGUUCAAUGUUCAUCGCUGCAAACUCAGAAGAAAACCCCGAGGUGUCCAUGGAUGUUGGCGAAAUCAUCCGCUACCACGGGUACCCCUAUGAGGAGCACGAGGUGCUGACAGACGAUGGCUAUUACCUCACCCUGCAGAGGAUUCCCCACGGCAGAGACAGCCAGGAGAGCUUCAGCAUCUCCCACAAGGCAGGAGCGCAGGCAUCCAACAUGUUCUGUCCCCCUCCAAAGGCCGUGGUCCUCCUGCAGCACGGCCUGGUGUUGGAGGGCAGCAACUGGGUCACCAACUUGCCCAAUGCCAGCCUGGGCUUCAUCCUCGCCGAUGCUGGCUACGACGUCUGGAUCGGGAACAGCCGCGGGAACAGCUGGUCGCGGAAACACAAAGAGUUUGAAUUCUACCAGCAGGAAUACUCAUCCUACAGCUUCCAUGAGAUGGCCAUGUAUGACCUUCCAGCCACCAUCAACUACAUCCUGCAGAAAACGGGGCAGGAGCAGUUGUACUACGUGGCUUUUUCCCAAGGCACCACCACAGGUUUCAUUGCCUUCUCAUCCAUUCCCGAACUGGAUCGUAAAAUCAAGAUGUUUUUCGCCUUGGCUCCCAUCACUGUGAACUCAAACAUGAAGUCACCCUUGGUGAGGGUGUUUGACCUUCCCGAGGUGCUGAUUAAGCUCAUUUUAGGGCACACGGUGGUCUUUGAUAAGGAUGAGGUCUUGAAGCAAGUGAUUUCCAGAAUGUGCACGUACCCCAUGCUGAAAACGCUGUGCUCUUUUGUCUUUUACCUGCCCGGUGGGUUUACCAACAGCUUGAACGAGAGCCGCGUUGAUGUCUACCUGGCCCGCUACCCUGAUUCCACAUCCCUAAAAACCAUGUUGCACUGGCGCCAGCUCUAUCAGACAGGGGAAUUCAAGUGUUAUGAUUAUGGCAGUGACAACGUGCUUCAUUACAACCAGCCCACUCCUCCCUUCUAUGAGCUGGAGAACAUGAAAACCCCGCUGGCUGCCUGGUAUGGGGGCCAGGACUGGAUUUCAGCCCCUGAAGAUGUGAACAUCACCCUGCCCCGUAUCUCCAAUGUGGCCUACAAAAAGUACAUCCCCGAAUUCGUCCACUUUGAUUUCCUCUGGGGCAAGCAGGUCUACGAGCAGGUGUACAAAGAAAUGCUUGACCUGAUGGAGAAGGGCACCUAG